UGACGGCAAACAGUAGUGUCCUGUGCAGGAGGCUAUUCGGCUGUGUAACAAAUUGGAGUAUUUGCUACAUGUUCAGGAAUGAAAUUAAUCAGUUUUGGUACUGUGGACCCAAGAUGAUAAAUUCAUUAAGACGGUCUUUUGGCGACCAUGGCCGACCGGUUCGGCAGGACUUGUGUAGUUGCGUUUGUACUCGUGGCCGCCGCGUUACAAGUCAGUGCAAAUGAGGAGACCCAGUUAAUUGCAGAUAAGUUUAAAAACUACAAUAAAAAUAUUCGUCCCGCAAGACACCCUGAUGAAAAAGUCAAGGUUCAGGUCAAGUUAACUCUCACCAACCUCAUCUCCUUGAAUGAAAAAGAGGAGACUUUAACUACAAAUGUUUGGAUUGAGAUUCAAUGGCACGAUUACCGUCUUGCAUGGAAUACGUCUGAGUAUCACGGCAUUGAUCUGAUCCGUGUGCCAUACAACACUGUGUGGCUACCAGAUAUAGUUCUGGAAAACAACAUUGAUGGCAAGUUUGAUGUGGCAUAUUACGCUAAUGUGCUGAUUUGGAGUGAUGGGUCCAUGUACUGGCUUCCCCCUGCCAUCUAUCGCAGUACCUGUGCUAUUGAGAUCACCUACUUCCCUUUCGACUGGCAAAACUGCACACUAGUCUUUAGGUCUCAGACGUACAGUGCAAAUGAAAUUGAUAUGGUAUUGGCAGAAGAUGCAGAUACAGGGAAGCCUAUUGAGUGGGUGGACAUUGACCCUGAGGCCUUCACAGAAAACGGGGAGUGGGCGAUCAAACAUCGGCCGGCUCGUAAGCUGACAAACUCACGCUACUCUCCUGAUGAUCUGGAGUACCAAGAGGUCUAUUUCAACAUCAUCAUCCAGAGAAAACCACUCUUCUACAUAAUCAACAUCAUCCUUCCCUGCUCUCUCAUCUCCUCUCUGGUCGUUCUGGCCUAUUUUCUACCUGCAAAAGCUGGAGGUCAGAAGUUGACUGUGUCCAUUUCUGUACUGUUGGCUCAGACUGUGUUUCUCUUCCUGAUCGCUCAGAAGAUUCCAGAAACAUCACUUUCUGUGCCUCUUAUUGGCAAGUAUUUAAUCUUCGUCAUGUGUAUGACCACACUGAUCGUGACCAACUGCAUCAUUGUCCUUAACUUCUCCCUCCGUAGUCCCAGUACACACAACAUGUCGCACACUAUCAGACAUAUUUUCCUUGAGGUGGUCCCUCGUUUCCUUGGCAUGGCCUCAUUUCUGGAUGAGGAGGAGCCGGGAGGUGGGACAUAUGAAAUGAGGGAGAGGCGGCGCAGUUCGUUUGGGCUGAUGCAGAGAGCUGAAGAAUAUGUUUUGAAACAGCCACGCAGUGAGAUGAUGUUUGAUAAACAGAGAGAGAGACAUGGACUCAUGCGCUCAAUUGUGGAUGAAAUUGAUGUGAGCAGUACGGCAAACCUCUACAAGAGUUUGGCAAAAACAGCACCAGAAAUAAAAGAGUGUGUGGAUGCCUGUAACUUUAUUGCUGAAUCCACUAAGCAGCAAAAUGACAUUGGAUCUGAGAUGGAGAGUUGGGUGCUGAUUGGUAAGAUGAUUGACAAGGUUUGUUUCUGGGCAGCCAUGUUGCUGUUUUCUGUUGGCACCGUGGCCAUCUUCCUUAUGGGUCACUACAACCAGGCACCCGAGUACCCAUUUCCUUGGGAGAACAAAAAGUACAUACCUGAGUAGACAAUAAAAGUCUGUCCAAAAGAAAGAAGGAACUGGUAAAGAGACUGCUUCUGGACUCUUAUUUGAUACAGAAAAUAAAUACCAAGGCAGGUUGGAGUACAAUAAGCUGCACAUGAUUUAAUCAGGAUCGACUUGUUACAUGAUCUUGUCUUAUGUUUGACAGUAGGGACUAUGGGCGUCCAUGCAUGCAAUAACAUAACAUUUUGUACUCGGAUCAUGCUCUUUUUUACACUAGGGGGAUUUUUAUAUAUUACAGAAAUAUACAUUUUGCUUAUCUUUGUGCAAACAGUAAUAAUUAGUCAAAUAAUAAGAAAUAAAUGAACUAAUCAUUUCAGCUUAUUUCAUACCACGUAGUGGUUCUCCAAGUUCAUUGUGGUUGCAUGUUGUAUUGCUCCGAACCAGUUUUUCAUAUGUAAACGUAUUCAUUAACAGCGUGUCACAUUCGCCAAUUUUUAUACAGUGAUUGCACUGUAGUAUUUAAUAUUAGUAUUAUAGAGAUGCAUGUUAACUUUUACUUUGUUCUAUCUUAUGUAUCUCUGUCAUAAAAUGUUAUUUUAAUUUUACUCAUGCAAUUUUGCAUUAAGCAUAUUAUAUACUAUCAACUCUUUAAAUAUACAAAAAACUUGUGCCAUCUUUGCAGUGAAUAAACGGAUUCUUAAUUCACACUGUCUUAAAAUAUCCAGUGCAAACGCACAAGAAACAAGUUUGAUGUUCUUUUUAAAUCCUUAUUAAGCGAUGUGCUUUUGUGAUUUUUCUAUAUGCACCAAAACGGAGAAUAAAAUAACUGCCAUAAGGUAAAAA